UAGGUAGGCAAGCAACUUCUAUUUCCGCCUUCAAGUUUUGCCCUCCCAUUGUAGACCAUUUCUCCUUUUGCGGUUCAAACAGUGCUACCCCGUCCUCCCUAUAUAACCACCUCAAGCUUGUUGGAUAUUUGGACGCUGAGACACGCGCACAGAGGUGAAACCCCUCUCCCUCACUGAAUUCAACCGAAGCAAUGGUUUCCUUCCAUACAACCCUGCCCGACGCUCCAUCUCCUGCUGUUCCUGCAGAUUUCGAAGCUUCUUCAAACAAGAGGAAGUGGGAAGAGCCACUUGCUAAAGAAUUUCUCAGAGAUCAAACCAAAGCAGGUAAAAGGAAAUCCAUCUUCGAUAUAGAGCUUCACCUUGAGACCCCUUUACCUUCUGAUAAAUGGCAACGAUACCUCGGUGUUCAGUCAGGGCAGAUACAUAACACGAAGAUGAAUAAGAAAGCAGCAGAGGACCGGAAGAGGAGCCCUGAGCCUGAACCACCAUCUCCUGGGAACAUGAGCUUGGACCUUGGACUGAACUUAACGUGUGAAUCCCCGAGAAAAAAAGGAGGAGGCAUUUAUGAUAUAAAUGAGAAGCAGAGUCGUAGUUCCUCUGGUGUUUUGAAUGAACACGAUCUGUAUAUUGAAUCGAGCAGGGAGGAUAAGAAGUGCUCGGGUGGGUUAACUGGUUCUCCGUCGUGGUUGUCAUCGGAGGUAGAUCACAAAGAGAUGGUCGCGACGGUAUGCAUGCGGUGCCACAUGUUGGUGAUGCUAUGCAAGUCAUCACCUGCCUGCCCUAACUGCAAAUUCAUGCACCCUCCGGACCAAAACCCUUCAACGUUCUUGAAGAGGAGAUGCAGCCUCUUGUGCUAGUCCAUUAAGAAACGUGCAGAUACUGUUUUAGACUUUUAGUUUUAGCGUCGUCUUUUAUUUCCCUGGCGAAUAGCUAUGUUUGCGUAUGUUAGGAAGUGUGCAAAUUCCUAACAGCGUAUGCUGCUGUAAGUUGAAAUUAGUGGAGGUGAGGGGUUAUUCUACAUUUACCAAAAUGUUGGCUUUUAAAAUAUGGGGUAACCUAUGAUGAUAUCAAGCUACUUCUAACGUAUCUAACGAUAUAUGAAUUUUAUCUAGAAGCUUUUUCGA